GUCUUCUGUGUGAACUGUGUUGGCUGUUAGAUCGUCCUGUACUCUGCACACUGCUGACUUCUCUUCUGUUGACCCUGCUCUGCAAAGCUAAAGACUUUGAAGAUGAGGGUGUGGAUCAUCUUCCUCCUGUGCCUGGCUGGACAUGCCAUGGCUGCUCCUGCUGUGGAGGACGCCAUCAUGGAAGAGCUGGUAACCGAGGAGCCAGUUGCUGAGGAGGUCGAGGUGGGGGCCAACCCAGUGCAGAUUGAGAUCGGAGAGUUUGAUGAGGCCAUCGAGGUUGUUGAAGAAGAAGAAGAAGUUUUCACUGAGAAUCCCUGCCUGGAGCAUCACUGCAAGAAGGGCAAAGUGUGCGAGGUCGAUGAGAGCAACACCCCCAUGUGUGUGUGCCAGGAUCCCUCCAGCUGCGCCCCUGCCGAGGGAGACUUUGAGCAUGUUUGCGGCACCGACAACAAGACCUACGACUCCUCUUGCCACUUCUUUGCCACCAAGUGCGCCCUGGAGGGAACCAAGAAGGGCCACAAGCUGCACCUGGACUACAUCGGACCCUGCAAAUACAUCGAGACCUGCCUGGACUCCGAGCUGAGCGAGUUCCCGCUGCGUAUGAGGGACUGGCUGAAGAACGUCCUGGUGACUCUGUUCGAGCGCGACGAGGACAACAACCUGCUGACCGAGAAGCAGAUGCUCAGAGUGAAGAAGAUCUUUGAGAACGAGAAGAGGCUGCAGGCCGGCGAGCACUCUCUGGACCUGCUGGCCCACGACUUCGAGAAGAACUACAACAUGUACAUCUUCCCCGUCCACUGGCAGUUCGGACAGCUCGACCAGCACCCCGUCGACGGGUACCUGACCCACACAGAGCUCUCCCCCCUGCGCGCCCCUCUCAUCCCCAUGGAGCAUUGCACCACCCGCUUCUUCGAGGAGUGCGACGCCGACAAAGACAAAUACAUCGCCCUGGAGGAGUGGGCCAACUGCUUUGGCAUCAAGGAGCAGGAUGUCGACAAAGACCUCAUCAUCUGAGCUCCUCUGAGCUGCAGCAGAAUGAACUCCUAGUCGCUACUAACGGGACGAGGUGCUGAUCCCUAAGUUAAAAAUAAGAAAUCACAAUAACGGUGCUAAUUGCAAAUUCUUCUUUAUUUUUGAAUAAUGACCUUUCCUAUGUAUACCACUAAAAAAAAGAUUACAAAAGAGAAAUGUGCACAGUCUGUACUAACCAUCACAUGUUCGUUGAACAAAACACCCAGUAAAGAAAACUAAAGACCUCUGAUGUAAAUGUAUGUUGUUGACAAUAUUAUAUAUAUGUUAUGGUUUGUUCAGGGCUUUAAUUGGACAUCGAUUUGAAACAUUACCGUGAGGAGACAAAACUGUAAAAAUAAAGUUUCUAAAUAAAU